AUGGCCGCUGAAGGCAUCAGAGUGGUGGGAGGACUACCUCUUCACUGCUCUGGUGCCUUUGUUAGCUGUGCCAUCCCUGCCAGGCGUUGCCUGAAUGGUUUGGAUUGUCGCUACUCAAAAUCAGCACCUACAGAUAUUCCAAAAUGGUGCACUGCAGGGCACCAGCCUCAGUCAGCAGGUAGCACCAUCACUGAAAGAGGAGCCAGAACCACCAAAGGAGUCACUGCUGCAACUAGGUUAAACAUAGGCUGGGAGCGAGCAGCAAAGGACCCCAGAAAGCACCUUGCCCGCGACGUCCUCAAACCUGGCAGCACCUGUGAGGAAGAAUCAUAUGCUCUGAAGUUAUCUCAGCAUGCAAUGAUAAGCAUCAAGGAAAGGCAAAGCACAAAAUGGGAUGAUAUGCAGGAUGCGAGGAGUCGGCAAGUGAUUGAAUACCAGGCCAUUCCAAGGUAUGGACCAGCAAGUCCAUUCAAAGGACAUUUAAGCACCAAAAGUAAUGCUUUCUGCAUUGACUCCUCUUCCCGCAGAUUAAGUAGUCAGUACCUGAUCAGGGAUCACAUGGCUGUCCAUUACAAUAAAAUACUUUCAGCCAAAGCUGCUGUAGACUGUUCAGUACCAAAAAGCAGGUUAAACAGCAUAAAAUUUUCAGACCAGCAGCGAAGAGAAAAACUCAAGAAAGAAGUUGAAAGGUGUGAGAAGGAGAUGAUUUCAUCUAAAAAUGUGUCCCGAUCUAGUUCCAGGGAGAGUAGAAGACCAUUGUCAGCCACCUAUAAAAAAGAUUCAUUGGAAGCAGGGGGCAAUGUGGGGCCACCCUCACAGGCACCAAGUAAACAGAAGUAUGUGUUGGGCUCCGUGUCAGCUGCAGAGAGACAGAACACACCCCUUCCAAAUAAUGAAAAACCUGCCAGGAAACCUGCUCAGAAGGCCUCCAACAUCUCUGCCUCAAGCUCAAGCAUCAGCACCUCAAGUAUGCACAGACUGCAUUCAAAAAUGUCCUGCAGCUCUUCUGACAGCAUUGCAAACAAAUGUUCCCACAAGGCUGAGAACACAGAAGCUAAAGUAUACAGUGGGGAUCUCCUUGACAAACAUUCUGAACAUUUUACCAAUGGCCAGCAACCGUUCACUCCACGCACUUUAAAAUCAGAUGCAAAAUCCUUCCUCUCACAGUACAGAUAUUAUAUGCCAGCCAAACGGAAAAUAAGGGAUACUCCUAAGCAACAGCUGGAAGCAGAAACCCAGACCGAUAUAAGCAGUUUUCAAGUUGAGUUUGAAGGAUCAGGAAAAAAGGAUUUGGCUGACUUUCAGAAGAUCAUACAGGAGGUGGAAGACACAGUGUCUCGCAAUGCAGAUAAACCUGAUGAAAUGAAGGCUGUUUCUCAGUUCUCCUCUCCAAGGGUGACUUCUCCAUGUUCUGUGCAAUCCCCAACAAUGAGAAGGAUCCAGGCUGAAGAAGAAGAGCUUUUGUAUUUAAGUUUCAUCCAAGACAUAACAGAUGAGAUUCUCAAACUUGGAUUGUUCUCCAACAGGGCUUUGGAAAUGUUGUUUGAACGUCACAUAGAACAAAAUAAAAAUCAUCUUGAUGAGGCCAAAAUGCGCCACCUGCUGGAAAUUCUGAAAGUAGACCUGGGUUGCAUCAAGGAGGAACCAUCUGCUGGAGGGUCUGAUGUGUGCGGUCCACUGCAGAACAAUCAAGCCAAGCACCUCCAACUUCCCAGUGCAACUCAAAGUCAAAACAAGCUGGGAAAAAGUGAGGAGUUUUUAAAAGCAAUGGAGCUAAUAGCUAAUGACUCGGCUGCACGCUGUGAUAAUUUCCAGGAAGAAGAGGCCCAGGAUGAAAUUUCCAAAGGUAUCAAUAAGCCAGCAAGCGUUGGGCUGGACCCUACCUCCUUCAUGAUCACCGAUGAAACACUGGAUACUUCUUGCACAUUGCCAUCAACAUGCAAUUCAACCACAUGCGAUGCUGACUUUGAAACAAGCGAGUCCUUGAGGGAGGCUGAUGAGCUUAGAGAGAACUCCCUUCCUAUCUCCGCCAGCAACACACCGUAGGAACAACUAGCAAUGAAGCAUCACAAGAGACAGCACACCUAGCCAGCGGUGCAGAGAUCUGAACUUUGUGGAUUAAAUAAAAUGCUAACAAAUCAUCCUUUUUUUUUAAACAUGUUCUGUUUGGAAUGCCCUUUGCAGCCUCUUGUGAAAGGGGUCCAAGUAUUACGAAUCAGGCUUUGAUGAACUGAGCACUAACACACACUGUAGUGAGCAGUAGACAUGUUUGUGGAAAUAUAGCCCAGUGUCAGAACUGCUUCAACACUGCUGUA